AUGAAGCUUCAAGUCAUGGAUCAAGCAGGCUUUUUCGCCUUCCACCCAUCCACAUGUAGUACCGAGCGGGAGAGAAUCAGGGAACUAUCGAGAUAUUAUUGCGCUCUAGGUCGUCCACGACCUUCGACGACGCGGAAUCAGGAUGCGGAAAACUCGGAGGCCGCCAAUGCCCAGCCCAAGGCGCUCAAACGCGAUGAACGGCACACAGCCGGCAUGCUCUCAACCGAUAUCACCUUGACCGCGCUGGCACAGCUCGGCGUACUGCGUCUCGCGGGGAAUCGAUCGUUCGUCUCCCUCAUCGACGGCGGCAACCAACACAUCAUCGCCGAAGCCACGGCAUCCAUCUCGUUGCGCGACCACACCCGGCACGCGCCCAAUGAUGGACUGUAUCUGGGCACGCGCACGCUUGACUUACUCUGGGGAGUCUGCCCGCAAACGAUCGCCUUGUUUACCGGGAGAGACACGUCCUCCGUGAUCGACAAUGAGAAUAUCACCGGCAACCGAACGCGCUACAUCAUCCGGGAUCUUUUGAAGGAAGAGUGUUUCAAAGACCGGCCCUACGUCCGGGCAUGGCCAUUCAUGCGCUUCUAUGCCGAGGUCCCAAUCUUCAGCCCCUCGGGCUUUGUGCUCGGCACCUACUGCGUCAUCGACGACAAGCCUCGCACCGAGUUCGGAGACAAGGACGUUGCCGUGCUGAGUGAGAUCGCAGAGGCAGUCGCGCGGCAUCUAGAGCAUGUCCGCAUUGUCCACUGUCACCGCCGAUCCGAGCGACUGAUCAAAGGGUUGACCAAUUUUGUCAAAGACCAUGCCGAGUUUGACCCCCGGGGGGUGGCCCACAAUCAUCGAUUAGAGGCAAUGGCGAGUACGUCCCUAUCACAAGUCGGCUCGACCUCGUCGGCUGCGAGCUCAGGUCCCGUAGAGACGUCUUUGAAUCAGCAAUUCGGCGGUGUGACCUCUUCCUCCACGAGUUUGUCCGAACAGCCAUCGCCCUUAUUCUUCUCCGGUCCGCCGACCGGGUCGACCGAGCCGUCUUCCUUCAACUCGACUCCCUCCGAGCAACAAUUCUCACCUGAGGAGGAGAACCCGAUGGAUGAUCUUGCAAAAGCAGAUGGCCAGCCCGGGGCGGAGAGCGCAAAUGUUGACUCUCACCCUGCGCUCGCCGAUCGCACGCCUCUCGGAAAUCGACUUCAGCGUAUCUUCCACAGAGCAAGCACGCUGCUCAGGAAGUCGAUGGAUCUCGACGGAGUGGUCUUCCUCGAUGCCGCUCGAACCAAUCCCUCCUUCCUACCACCCGAAGAUCAGGAAGGUUGGGAACCUUUACCCACGACCGCAGUCCCCGAAUAUCCGGUGGUGCCGUAUCCAAGUCCACUGGGUCGAUCUCCAUCGUAUGCUAAACCAUCGGAGACGUCAUGUGAUGUCCUCAGCAAGGCCUUGAAGGUCAGGAAAGGUGAAACUCUCGAUGUCAAGGCAGACAUCACUUUUUCUGAAGAGCUCUUGAAUCUGCUCGUGACCUCAUUCCCCCAAGGGCAAGUGUUCAAUCUCGAUGAGUCCUCGGAGUCGGAAGACUACGUGUCAUAUGAAAAAGGGUUAGACGGCCAAGACAGUCAGGCCGAGCUCAUGCGGAUGGCAACGCAGCGGCUUCAGCAAGUCCUGCCCGCUGCCAACUCCGUCCUGUUCUUCCCGCUGUGGGAUCACAACAAGUCCCGCUGGAUGGCUGGCACUCUUGUGUGGACUCAAGAUGAUCACCGAGCUCUCGGCAUCGAGGAGCUGCAUUACUUCAAAGUCUUUGGGGAUUCCAUCGUCUCCGAGGUCUCUCGGGUCCACUGGGCAACCACCGAGACUUCCAAAUUCGACUUUGUGUCCUCCAUCAGUCAUGAACUUCGCUCUCCACUUCACGGAAUUUUGGCCAGCGCAGAGCUCCUGCAGGCCACGCAUCUGGAACCGACGCAGGAAGAGAUGGUCAGAAUGAUCGAGUCAUCCGGCCUGACACUGUUGGACACCACGGAUCAUUUGCUUGAAUUUUGCAAAAUUAACAACCUGACCCAAGUGAAAAAGUCCCGCAAGAAGGACGGUAAGAGGCUCAAGGAAUCGACCUUGGAAUCAGAUUUCCAUCUAGGUCAUCUCGUAGAAGAGGUUGCCGACAUCUUGUACACUGGUCAAAACGCGGCGGAGAUGGUCUCUCAGACGUCACUGUCAACUUCCGCAACCAAGGCCUCCAUCAGUCCAUUCCCCGACUUCGAGACAACCGAAGAAAUGUCGGUCAUUGUACGAAUCGAGCAACGUCGACCGUGGCUCAUUCGGUCUCUACCAGGGGCCUGGCGCAGGAUUGUGAUGAAUCUGCUUGGCAAUGCCAUCAAGUGGACCAAAACCGGAUUCGUCGAGGUAUCGCUGUCCCGGAUGCGCAAUCCUGUCAACAUCCACAAGCCGAUCGCGCACCUUUCCAUUACCGAUACAGGUAGCGGUAUUGCGUCCGAGUUCCUACGACACAAGUUGUUCUCUCCCUUUGCACAAGAAGAUUCUCUGUCAGAAGGCGUCGGCCUCGGCCUCAGUAUUGUACGCCAAUUGGUGGCUGCGUUCAACGGCCAUGUCAACGUGAGAAGCGAGGUUGGUGUUGGAACGCAAGUUGACGUUUACAUUCCAGUGGAGCUCGUUAACAGCCCAGAAGCAAGUCCAGUGUUCUGUCCAUCACCCGUAGAGCCCAUGCGGGAGUCAUUGCCAUCGCUUCGAGCGUGUUUGGUCGCCUUCAACGGAUAUCCCGAUCUCCAAGAAACCCCGACAGGCAUGUUGAGCCUCGAAUCCAAGCGAAAACUCUCCAUCCAAAGUACGUUAGCCGACGUGUUCAUGUCCUGCUUUGGCUGGGCUGUCUCCCUGGCAGAGACCCUGGACAAGGGCCAGGGAGACAUCGCCGUCAUAGAGGAAGCCGUCCUUCGAAAGGAAACCGAGGGAAUCAGCUCUCUGGAGCAAUUGGCUACGAAACACAACUUCAAAUACUAUAUCGUGUUGGGAAGCAAUGCCCCAUUCUUCGAGACCUUGCUUGCUCCGAAUUUCGUUUGGGUAUCCCAGCCAUUCGGUCCACAAAAGAUCCAAAGUGCCAUAAAUCGGAUCCUCAAUCAGGGCAACACCGACUCUGGGCUAACGGCCGAAUCUCCCAUAUCUUCGGCGGCCCCUUCCGCUCAUUUGGGAACUGAAUCAUCGUCGACGCGUGAGAGGUCAGGUGAAGAGACAGUGCUGACAUCGAUGCGACACGCUCCAGCAUCCCCUACCAAGCUUGUGCAGUCUCCUGCUCUGCCAAUUCGCCCUUCGAACGACCCACAGAAUGUGCAUGUCCUCGUGGUAGAUGACAACAACAUCAACCUUAAAAUCCUUGCUACCUACAUGCGCAAGAUCGGUUGCAGCUACGAUACUGCUUCGAAUGGAUUGAUUGCCCUUGAGAAAUACAAAGCCUCGCCACGGCGAUUCGACUUUGUGCUAAUGGAUAUAUCAAUGCCCGUCAUGGACGGAUUGACAUCGACCAGCAAGAUCCGACAACAUGAAAAGGAGCACAGCCUAGAGUCCUCGUGUAUCUUGGCUGUCACUGGUGUUGCUUCGGAUAACAUGCAACAACAGGCUAUUGCAGCGGGCAUCAAUGACUACUUGAUCAAACCGCUGUCUCUGCAGGGACUGAGAAAGAUUAUGCAUAUUUCUUGA